AUGGCCAUCCUCCUCUCCGUCGUCCCUACACGCACUCCGAUCUUCUGGUCAUGUGUCGGCCUGUACGCCGACGCGGUCAAGCUGCUCUCGCCGAGCAAGAGGCUGCAGAGAUUGGCCGAAGAGAUAGCCAGGUACAGCCGAAGACCUCCCGAGACACAUGAACAAGCCCUGUUGAGACGGAUGAACGAAGCCGACAGUUUGGCCGAGUACGAGACCUGCACGAUCGACCUGGACAAUCUGCAAGGGCACGAGGUGUGGAAGAAAGAGAAAGAGUCCAUUGAGCCCGGCUACAACCCCGACGUGAUCGAGAGCCAAGUCAUCCGAUUCAAGAAGGCCGUGGCCGACCAGGACCUGAAUGCCAUGCAGCACCUGCUGAGAACGGGGCUCAGUCGUGACCUGGGUGGCAUGAACAUGUUGCGGCUCUACAAGCAUUCUUGGUUCGGCACCAAGUCCCUGAUAGACGACUACAUCAACACCGUUUUAGAAACCAUCGAGACCUUUACCGAGACCAGCAUUCACAGUGACAUCCCCACGGCAGAAAUACGACAACACCAGCAAUCGUUAGAAGACGCGUUAAAGUUCUUUGGGCGUUCGGCACUGACUCUCUCGGGCGGAGCGCUGUUGGGCAUGAAGCAUAUUGGCGUCGUCAAGACGCUCUGGGAAGCAGAGUUAUUACCUGAGAUCAUCUCCGGCGCCUCAGCAGGGAGCAUUGUGGCCGGCAUUGUGGGCAGCAGCAAUGAUGAGCGCAUGGCGGAAGUGCUCGAUCAUUUCCCAUUCUCUGACCUGGCCGUCUUUGAUCCUCCGGGGACUGGCAGGGUGGGCUGGCUGGUCCAACGCAUUCGCACUUUUCUGCGAACCGGGGCCUUCUUUGAAAUGGACAACUUGAAGCGAGUCAUGAAGUCAUGGCUGGGCGACAUUACCUUUCGAGAAGCACGCUACAAGACGGGACGAAUCCUCAACAUCUGUGUGUCCAGCGCGGGCAACGCCGAGCCACGACUCUUGAACUUCGUGACUGCUCCCGACGUUUUCAUCUGGUCUGCCGUCUGUGCCUCUUGUGCCGUGCCCAAUGUCUUCCCACCUGCCAACAUCUACGAGAAAGACCCCAUCACCAAGGAGGAAAAGCUGUGGAUGCAAAAUGCUCAGCAGACGUUUGUGGAUGGGUCUCUGGACCACGACAUCCCCAUGAGGAAACUUUCCGAGAUGUUCAACGUCAAUUUCUUCAUUGUCUCACAAGUCAACCCACAUGUCCGGGUCUUUCUGGAUCAAGAGGAGAUCUUUCGCGGCAAACAACCCAGAGCGUCUGUCCCCGGUCGGAAUCCUCUUCAAGCAGCCAAGGAGUUGCUCCGGGAGGAGAUCAUACAUCGCGCCCAGCAACUCUCAGAUCUGGGUUUCCCUCAGGGGUUUUACAGAUGGGCGUCCCUCUUCAACCAACAAUAUACCGGGGACAUCAACGUCUUGCCAGAGAUCAAACCAACAGAGUACCUCAACAUGAUGAUGAAUCCUACCCCGGAGUUUAUGAUAGAAGCGACAGUGGCUGGAGAACGUGCGACGUGGCCUCGCAUGUGCCGCAUCAAGAACUGUGUUGCGAUCGAGCUGGCUCUGAUCCAGGCCAUCCACACUCUGCGGGAUAGAGUGAAUUUUGGGCCCGAGGCCCGAGCCGCUCGCGAGCAGAGAAGAUCCAGUAGCAAAGGCCGGCCAGGCCGUGGUCGUUCAGCUCGCCCGUCUUUCUUGCGAAGGCGCAGCCUCAGCAUCGACUCGCCCACGAGCAAUGACAACGCACUGGCGCUGCCACAGCCUCUGAAAGUCCGGCGUAAUGUGAGCCUGGGGAACAUCUCGGUGAGACCAAAUUUCUCCAUCACGACGCCGCGCACGACGCCAUAUUUGUCUCCUCAGGUGGGCGUCGAUCCGGAUCUUUUGGUGGAAGGUCUAGGCAUGACACGCACAAACUCCAACACACUUGAUGAAUCCGGAACAGAUGGUCAUCCUGUGGAAAUAUCAAACAUUAGCAGGCGAAGAGCCCCCUUUUAG